ACAGCGACAUCUACUGUCAGUUUACUGCAAUCACAUUACUAGAUAUCAGGUUCCCGCUAAUUCUGUUUCUUUUGCGGUCACCUCAUUAUUCUAUAAAUGAUUACAUUCUAAUAACAUCUACUGAUCAACAAUCACAACGUUAACCCUUUAACCACGAGAGAUACAUGAGAUCUGAUCUCACUGCUGGUCUCAUAACUCAGUCCCGCUUCGCUUCCCGUUCGGCCUGGAUUUCUAUUGAUCUUUUCCACAUUGAAUCAGACUUUUUAUUACAUUUUUCCUUUUAUCGUUAUUUUAUGUAAAUAGUUAUUGUAUAUGAUCUUACUCUGCUGUAAAAUAUCGUCCAAUGAGAACUCUGACCGGAGUCUUAGCGAUUGUUUUAUAAACAAUUUAACCCCUCAGCAUUCAAGGGAUGUUUAGACCUAAUAAAGCGCUUAGUGUGAACAGCAAACGUCUCCUCUAUUAGUUGUUUUUUCUAGAAUAAAGCGGUUCUUAUUCUGCGUUAUACAUUGGGAUAUCUGAUCUUCUAUACCAGUGUGGAGAGAUCCCAGUGUCCGUCCUUCAUGAAGACUUCGGCCGGAGAACUUCUGGAAUGUAAUCUUAUCCAUCUAGAUUUGGAAUUAACGCUUGAUCGUGUGAAUAUAUCGCUAAUAACAGAGUAGCUCAGUAAUAGUCCGGUCCCUGACUUUGCUAUUACGGUGCAGAGCUGGAUUGUUGUAAUAAUCUGCUGGGUGUGACCAGGGGUCUAUGGGGGAUGAAGCUUCAGACAUAGAGCUGAUGUGAUGAGCGGCUUUUUCUUCCACAGAGAUGACUGCGGUUUCGUUACAUUUUAGAGACUUGCGGUACCUGCUGUGCCCCGAGCACAGAUUAUUAGGUCCCGUCCAUCCCUAUAGGACUCGUUUCCUUGUAGAAUCUUGGCGGCCCCGAUAAUCACUGAGAUACACAGAUGUCCCUGUCAGUGAUGUCCCCGUCAGUGGUCCCAGCCAUUGGACACCGCAGUCUCCUUACAGCUGUGAAUUAAUGUCUUUGACUGAUAUAAUGAAAAUAAAACAAGGAACAGAAAAUGUGGACACUAAAGAGUUAAUGUACGGAUCUAUAGCUCUGAUACUUAGUACCGAUCGGAUGAUAACGGAGCUUUGGGGAUUUUUUCUUUUCUCCUCCUCAUCCAUGUAAUAACAGGAGCCCCCUCAUUGGUGCUUAUUCCCGGUGACUGUAUACGGAGAGUGCCGGCAUCCGCAGCCUGAGAAGGAGCCGCCUGUAUAUGAGAUCACAUAACACGGGACAAUUGUCUUCUCUCCCAGAGCGGAGAAUUACAGGGUGAGCGGGAAAUUCAAAAUCAACUAAGCUUUUGUGUUCAGCCAAUCAAAAGAGAAGGGGAGGGGCCUGGAAUGUAAAUUAUUAAAGGAAACGCCCAUGAUGACGUCAUCUUGUUUGAGUUCUCCGUCUGGUCCGCCAUGUGCUAUAUAAACCAGGACUCCGCUCCUCAGACAUAAUUCAUUCUAUUCUCAAUCAGCAGGAUGUCGGGACGCGGUAAAGGAGGGAAAGGUCUCGGUAAGGGCGGAGCCAAGCGGCACAGGAAGGUGCUCCGGGAUAACAUCCAGGGCAUCACCAAGCCUGCCAUCCGCCGUCUAGCUCGCAGGGGAGGUGUGAAGCGCAUCUCCGGCCUCAUCUAUGAAGAGACUCGCGGUGUCCUGAAAGUCUUCCUGGAGAACGUCAUCCGUGACGCCGUCACCUACACCGAGCACGCCAAGAGGAAGACCGUCACCGCUAUGGACGUGGUGUACGCCCUCAAGCGCCAGGGCCAGAGAGCAUCGGCCCUAAUGUUCUUAUCAGCAGGACGAAAAAUCAUGGCCAGGACCAAGCAGACCGCUCGUAAAUCCACCGGAGGGAAAGCUCCCCGCAAGCAGCUGGCUACUAAGGCCGCCAGGAAGAGCGCUCCCGCCACUGGUGGGGUGAAGAAGCCUCACCGCUACCGUCCAGGUACAGUGGCUCUCCGUGAGAUCCGCCGCUACCAGAAGUCCACCGAGCUGCUGAUCCGGAAGCUCCCCUUCCAGCGCCUGGUAAGAGAGAUCGCCCAGGACUUCAAGACCGAUCUUCGCUUCCAGAGCUCGGCGGUCAUGGCCCUGCAGGAGGCCAGCGAGGCUUACCUGGUGGGACUCUUUGAGGACACCAAUCUGUGCGCCAUCCACGCCAAGAGGGUCACCAUCAUGCCCAAAGACAUCCAGCUGGCCCGCAGGAUCCCGCCCAAGAAAGGCUCCAAGAAAGCCGUGACCAAGACUCAGAAGAAGGAUGGUAAGAAGCGGAGGAAGACCAGGAAGGAAAGCUAUGCCAUCUACGUGUACAAGGUGCUCAAGCAGGUCCACCCUGACACCGGCAUAUCCUCCAAGGCCAUGGGCAUCAUGAACUCCUUUAAUAAAGCGGUUCUUAUUCUGCGUUAUACAUUGGGAUAUCUGAUCUUCUAUACCAGUGUGGAGAGAUCCCAGUGUCCGUCCUUCAUGAAGACUUCGGCCGGAGAACUUCUGGAAUUAUUCUCAAUCAGCAGGAUGUCGGGACGCGGUAAAGGAGGGAAAGGUCUCGGUAAGGGCGGAGCCAAGCGGCACAGGAAGGUGCUCCGGGAUAACAUCCAGGGCAUCACCAAGCCUGCCAUCCGCCGUCUAGCUCGCAGGGGAGGUGUGAAGCGCAUCUCCGGCCUCAUCUAUGAAGAGACUCGCGGUGUCCUGAAAGUCUUCCUGGAGAACGUCAUCCGUGACGCCGUCACCUACACCGAGCACGCCAAGAGGAAGACCGUCACCGCUAUGGACGUGGUGUACGCCCUCAAGCGCCAGGGCCGCACUCUCUACGGCUUUGGAGGUUAAUUCUAAUCCUGAA